AGAGAGAGAGAGUGAGAGUACGUCGAGUUGAUCGUGCACCAGCAGCAGCAAGCUUAGUCAGUGUUGGAGUUGCCUCGGCUGUUGUAGCGUGCGGAGAGUCGUGUGUCGUGUUUUUUCUGUAAACGAGUAGUCGUGGUACGCGAACGAGGAGAGAGGCAACAGAGUGUGUGCGUUUGGCAAAAAUGUGCGGCCUGGCUCGUCGAUGGGCCUCCCGCGUUGAUUGAAAAGAUAUAUCUAGUGCUAGAAUUAACACAGCGACGACGACGAUCAGCCAGUGUCCCGAGUGUUGCCGACCGCAAGUAGCAGCCGUGAGCAGCAUCUGUGUGCAGUUGUGCGUGCAAGAACACUCCACAUUACGGUUGCAGGUGGAGGCGCGCAGGCCCGAGGAGGAGAGAGAACCGUCGCCGGAGCGCCGCUGCAGAGGGGCCUGCCCAGGCAAGCCAUGUCGCACCACAGCGACGACAACAUGCUGAUAGCCACCUCGGACUCGUUCUGGGAGCCGAACAACUACAAGCGCACGACGAAGCGCAUCGAGGACGGUCACAAGCUGUGCGACAGCCUGAUCGCGUUGGUGCAGGAGCGCGCGGAGAUCGAGAAGAACUACGCCAAGGCGCUCAAGGGCUGGUCGAAGAACUGGAACGAGAAGAUCGAGAAGGGCCCGGAGUACGGCACCAGCGAGGCUGCCUGGAAGAGCGUCCUUGUCGAGGCCGAGAGGAUGAACGACCUGCACCUGAAGGUCAAGGAGAACCUCUGCAACGACAUCAUACAGCAGGUGAAGACCUGGCAAAAGGACACUUAUCACAAGUCGAUGAUGACGUUGAAAGAGAGGAAGGAGAUGGAGGACGCGUUCAAGAAGGCACAGAAGCCCUGGGCGAAGAUCCUGCAAAAGGUGGAGAAGGCCAAAGCAGAGUACCACAACAGCUGUAAGAGCGAGCGCACCGCUGCCAACCAAGAGAGAAACGCCUCUGCCGACAGCUCCUUGUCGCCCGAUCAGGCACCUCGAGGCUCUGACGGCACUGUGAAAAAAAUGCAGGAUCGCGUGCAAAAGACGAAGGAGGAGGUGCAAAAAGCCAAGGAGAAGUACGAGAGCGCGCUGCAAGAAAUCAAUCAGUACAAUCCCAAGUACAUGGAGGACAUGACUCAGGUAUUCGAGAAGUGCCAGGAAAUGGAGGCUCAACGACUGCAGUUCUUCAAAGAGGUACUCUUCGGUAUUCACAAAUGCCUCAACAUCUCUCAAGAUCCAGUGCUUCCACAAAUCUACGAAGAAUUCUAUCACACAGUGAACAAUGCAGAUCACGAAAAAGACCUGAAAUGGUGGUCGAACAAUCACGGCGUGAACAUGGCCAUGGCCUGGCCGCAGUUUGAGGACUACACCGAAGAAUUCCGCGACAUCACCAAGGGCUCCAAGUCAAAGGAGGCGCUGCCUGCCGGACCCAUCACGCUAAUCAAUCAACGCCCCGUCGGCGAGGACCUGCAUGACUACCCGUCGACGAAUCACAAGACGAAAGUAAAGCCAGCAGCUCGAGUUAUAUCGACGGAAUCUAAUAACGUCGACAGAAAGGCAGAGACGAACAAUUCGACGAAAUCCUCGGCGGAAAAGAAUAGCCACGAUGGAAAUUCCGUGUCGAAUAGGAACUCCACAAUAACGAAUGGCACUAAUAAUGCAAAGCAAGAGUCGAAUCCGUUUGAAGAAGAAGAAUGGGACGAGGACGCGCCAGAACCGCUGAUUGACAAUGGCGAGCCUGGAGUUCCUGUUAGGGCACUGUAUGACUACGAAGGUGCCGAGGCUGACGAACUCAGCUUCAAACAAGGUGAUAUCUUCGAAAAGCUCGAGGAUGAAGACGAGCAAGGUUGGUGUAAGGGCAGGAAAGAUGGUCGAGUCGGCCUAUAUCCAGCCAACUACGUGGACCUUGUGUCACCUUAAGCCAGAUACAACGAUAACCUGCUGAGAAGAAAUCAUUUAUAAAUAACAGACAAAUAUAUUCAAGCCAAAUUUGCAGUGAAAGUUAGUGAGAGCGUCGGACGACUGCUACUUCGUGUAUUAUUUUUUUCGGGAUUGAAGAAACAGUGCGAUGAACAAAAUGAGCAUACGCGUAUACACAGUCAUUUCCUAAGCAGAUAAAGAAAAAUACGAAAUCAGUGAUAGAGCCAACAAAUAAUAAUAAACAUUUUUCCUAAAGUUUCCCUUCAUUAUUGUGUAGCGUGUUGUCACAUCGAGACUACUUAAAGCGAGGUUUCGCGCCGCGAGAUCGUUCAAUAAUAAAUAAACAAACAAUACAAUAGAAACAAUAAAAUUUUAUGCAGAUAAAAAUAAGCGCGAUUUUUUCCUUAGCUAGGCUAGAAUCACACAGCGACAAGUUUGUCGCUAGUGCGUAACGGAUAGCUGGACAAUUGAAAAAUACAGAACAGUACGACUCAGUGAAAAAAUAAAAAACUCAUGAGAAAGAUAAUUUGUACAGUUAAAAAGCGUGGCAAGAACGAAAAAGGGCGAGAGAACGUUUAUAUUAUUAUUCUUACGAAUUCCCUUCUUUUCUUCCUUUUUAUUGUUUUGCGAUUCAUUAUUAUUAUCGUCAUUCGUUCAGAGAAGGAUGCUUCUUUUUUCCGAAUGAUCGAAGUAGAUAUAUAGUACGAGAAUAUAUCUAUCGAAAGAGAGCGAGAUUUGUGUAUUUCAUAAAUUGUUGUGGUUCCAUGAAAGAAACAAAAACGUCAAGUGCAACGCAACUUCGAAAUUUCAAACGUAAAAAGAAUAACAUUCUGAGUGGUGUCAUUGUACAUAAUAGUAUUAAAUACAUAGCAAUAUAUAAAUAUUAAUACAUUAAAGGCUAUAAAAAAUCUAUUACUGUCGUUUGACGAAGUAUAUUAAACAAAUUACUAAGCGAAGUUACGAUUAACAAAAACUGUAUAACACUCGAAAUUAAAAAAAUGAAGAUAAAGCGUAAUGUAUGUUAAUACAUUUUACCAAAUCCAUGUUCAACAAACCAUUAAGAUUCACUGCAUUAAACUGGGACCUAAGAUUAACAGAAGAAAAUGAGUUAUCCAUUAUAGAUUAAAAAACUACAAGGCAUCAAGUUUAAAUGAUUUCAUUAAAACACUUCAGGGAGUACUUUUGUAAUAUGAACCAAUUCGUAAAAAUAGCAUAUCUCAUUGAUAUAUUUGAGGUUUCCCUUUCAAAUUUUAUACGAAUUACAAGCAUGUACUUUUCACGAGAGAAAUCCACCCACACGUUAGGUAAAAAUCUGCUUUAUCAAAUGUAAAUAGUUUCUUUUUCUAUCGUCGCUUCUACUCCGGCGACAGCGCAGUCAAAUUUGCCAAAGUGAGCCAAAAGAGAAAGAUUGCAGAAUGAAAUUAAUACUGUUAUUGAUACCGAUCAUAGCUGCGCAAUAGAUCCGUUAUUGUUUAUCGUCAUUUAACGAAGCUUAACUUCAAUCAACUAAUGUUUAUCUUUUUCCUAUUAAUUGUUAAACCGAAAUUCUCUUAUUUUCAUUAGUUUUCUUUUUCAUUCAUUCUUUGCGUAAUACAAAGUCGAGGUGAAUGUAUGUAUUAGAGCCCUCGCAAAUUUGCAUUUAAUUGACGAAUAUCUUUGGGUUGUUGACAAAGACUAUAAAAGGUACUCCCUCGUAAAUGAUCAAGUCACGAAUUAAACAGCCAAUUGUUCAUUAUUGUACUAUUAGCGAUGAAAGAUAUAUAAAACCAAGAUUAAUUCAAAAGAAACUUGAUUCGAAACAAAAAUGUUCGAUAUAAACGUUUAUAAAAAAAGAUUAUUAAAAUACGUCGAAUUAGGUAAAAAAUGAACGUUAUUGUUUUCUUAUUUCCAAUUCGAUGAAAAAAUAGCGAUGAAAAAAAAAUGAAAGUGCUAAAGGAAAAGAAUUAUAAGAAAAAACAUCGCUGCGCAACAACAAAUGUACACAGGAUUUUAUGUAAAUAAAGAAACGUAGAGCGAAUAGAAACAUCGAUUCUAUACAUAAUGCGCCAGCUUUGGACUGAUUUUUUCUAAUUCUUAUUCUUCGCGUAAACCGAUUUUCUUCAACGAUUUCGUUGAUAAAAGAUUUGAAAAAAUUGUUACGUAGUUUAUCUAGUUUCUGUGUAUAUUUAUUAUUAGUUGAUAUUACGCAUAUAUAAU